CUGAUUAGGGACAAAACAAGAGAAAUAUCAAAAAAAUAUCUUAGAAAUUAAGGAAAGGUUUGGUGAGCGUAAGUAUCAUACUAAGCAAUGUCUGGUCCAUAAAUUGCCCUGCUAACGCCAUUCCUUCACUCACAUUCCAAAAUCAUUCGCUCUCUGUAAUAAUGGCAACGGAGAAAAGCAAGAUUCUGGUGAUCGGAGGAACUGGUUACAUCGGAAAGUUCAUCGUCGCAGAAAGCGCGAAAUCCGGCCACCAAACAUUCGCUCUCGUCAGAGAAGCUUCUCUCUCCGAUCCCGUCAAGGGUAAAAUCGUCCAGAGUUUCAAAGAUCUCGGCGUCACAGUACUACAUGGAGAUGUGAACGAUCACGAGAGCCUCGUCAAGGCAAUAAAACAGGUCGAUGUGGUGAUAUCUACUAUUGGAAGCAUGCAAAUCUUGGAUCAAACCAAGAUCAUUUCCGCCAUUAAAGAAGCUGGUAACGUCAAGAGAUUCUUGCCGUCUGAGUUCGGGACAGACGUAGACAGAACAAGUGCGGUUGAGCCAGCGAAAUCGGCAUUUGCAGUGAAGAUUGAGAUCAGGAGAGCCAUAGAAGCACAAGGCAUACCAUACACUUACGUUGUUAACAAUUGCUUUGCCGGUUACUACUUGCCUACAUUGGUUCAGUUCGAGCCCGGUCUCACUUCUCCUCCUAGAGACAAAGUCACCAUUUUGGGCGAUGGAAAUGCCAAAGCUGUGAUCAACAAGGAGGAAGAUAUUGCUGCUUACACGAUCAAAGCAGUGGAUGAUCCAAGGACUCUUAACAAAAUCCUCUACAUUAAUCCUCCUAAGAACACUUUGUCAAUGAAUGAAAUCGUUAGCCUGUGGGAGAACAAGAUCGGCAAGUCUCUUGAGAAGACUUACAUCUCAGAGGAACAAGUGCUCAAAAGCAUCCAAGAGUCUCCGGUUCCCAUCAAUGUUCUUCUGUCGAUAAACCACUCGGUGUUUGUGAAGGGAGAUCAGACCAAUUUUACUAUAGAGCCUUCGUUUGGUCUUGAAGCAUCUGAACUUUACCCUGAUGUCAAGUACACGAGUAUCGACGAGUAUCUCAGUCACUUCGCUUGAGAAUUUUCGUGAAUAUUCGCCUAAUUUACCAUGACCAUGACCAUGAUCCGGGUUUGUGUAUUGUAAGAAUAAAAAGCGGUUCUUGUUAAUAGUGAAGAUUGUUUAUGUGUGUGUUUAUGUCUAAUCACAGAGUUUGUAUCACCUCUACUUACGAUCUUUCUAUGAAACAUGAAUUUGUAUUAAUAAUUAUCCAUUAAUGU